UAUUGGAUAUUGGAUGGCGGUGAAGUCGUAUUUCUCUAUCCUCAAGGUGACAGUACUUUAAUGUGAGAGCUAAUUUACUACUGUCUCAUAAUGUCAGCAGAAGGUCCAAGUAGUAGUUGUGCUAAAGAAGUGGCUCCUCAGCGACCCAUUGGUCCAGACUCAGAAUCGGUCGAUCUGCUAUGUGGUAUUAAAAAACCCGUUAUACACAAUAUGGUUUCUACUGUGGAUUUGGGAUGUCCCAUUGAACUACGUAAAUUGGUACUGCAUGUUCGUAGUGCUGAAUAUAAUCCACGCAGAUUUCCUGGUGUUGUCAUGCGUCUGCGUGAACCUCGUGUCACUUGUUUAGUGUUUGGAACAGGUCGCAUGGUUUGUACUGGUGCACGCUCUGAAUCAGAUGCAAAUUUAGGUUCCCGUAAAUGUGCGCGUAUAUUACAAAAACUUGGGUUUGAUGUAAAAUUCAUGAAUUUCACUAUUCAAAAUAUGGUUGGUUUGGCUGAUUUGAGAUUUCCUAUACGACUGGAAGGUGUACAGUUGGCCAAUGAACAGAUGACACAAUAUGAACCGGAAAUAUUCCCAGCGUUAAUUUAUCGUAUAAUAAAACCCCGUUUAGUAAUGCUUAUCUUUGUUAAUGGAAAAGUCGUUAUGACAGGUGCAAAAUCACGUGAACAUCUAUACGAGGCACUGAAUAAUGUCUAUCCUAUUUUAUACAAUUAUCGCAAAACCAACUAACUAGUCAUUUGUAUAUUUGAAUAUUCUCUUGUAAUUGAUUUUCCUAUUGAACACUUAAACUUCAAGAUAUAUAUAUAUAUAUAUAUAUAUAUAUAUAUAUAUGAAAUACACAAUGUAAAUAAGUUA